AAGCGAAAAAGGAAAACUGGGAGAAGAAGACGAAGAAUUGGUGGGAGAUUUCUCUUUUUUUUUUACUGUUUUUUUUCCUCUCUUUUGCUCCUCUCUUUUGCUCGAAUCUUCGCUGGGGAGGCGAGCGGGCGCCAUGGAUUGAGCGCCCAAAUGAUCGAAGCGGGGCGUUGAUGGCGAGAGCGUCUUGAUCGAAGCUUUCCUGGCUUUUGGGUUGGAUGGUGUUCUUGCGUUUUGGUUUUCUGGGGUUUUUGGCUGUGGCGGACAAGGCAACGAAGAAGAAGAAGAAUGCUUAUCAGUGCUGCCACUGCUGCUGCUAGAGCUCGCAGGCAAUGGAGGCGUUUGUGGAAGACGAUGAUCCCAUGGACUACUUCCAGCAGCAUGAUCAUCAUCAUCAUCAGCAGCAGCAGCCAGACCAUCCAAAAAAUGAACUUCGAGUACACAUCUCGAGCAGCACCACUCCACAGCAGGAUCCGCCACCACCAUCUUUCAGCUUGAUGAAAAACGGCGAAGUCGACGUCGACGACGACGAAGACGAUCAAGAACAGCAAGAGAAGCAGCAACCAAGAAGUCUGUCAGAUCAAAACUUGAGCCAGCAGCAGCAACAGCAGCAGCGACAGCAUGACCACCAUGCCGAGCAGCAACUAGAACAACUCAACAAAUCCUCCGACGCCAUCGCCGAUCAAGCCGACAGCAAAGAAGGCUCCAAAGAUGCGGGAAGCUGGAGCACCCACGCCACCUCGGUGCUCCUCGACGUCUUCCGCGAGAAGAGGCUUGCGAUCAACGGGAGGAACUUCCGGGGAGAGGAAUGGGAGGAGCUCGCCAGCAGCGUCAACGAGCGAUGCUACGCCAUCACUCCUCCAAACAGUAGCAACUUGACCACCAUCGCCACCGCCAGCAAUUCUUCCAAGGAGCUGUGGAAGAACGCCAAGCAGUGCUCCUACAAGAUGAGCAAUCUCAAGCGCAAGUACAAGAGCGAGAAGGAGAUGAUCCAGUUGACUGGAAGCCAUAGCUCCGGCUCCGGCUGGCAGUGGUUCUCCAAGAUGGAGGCCAUUUUUGGGAGCGAUCCAAAGUACACGACUUUCAGCUCCGGGAUCUCUUCCGGAUCUGAGCUCGCGCUCCACGCAAGCAAGGGCGACUUGAUCGUCGAUGCCGUGGCUGGUGCCACCGACGAGGAGAUAUUUGGAGCCAACAACAAGGUGGUGGUGAUCAACAGCACUGACAAGAGGAUCUUGCGGAACAACAGCUUCGAUCCGGGCGUGCUCCUCCCGCCCAGCAAGAGCGCCUCCACGAACAACUUGGAUGGAUCGUCACCCUCGACGGAUCCGCGGCGGGAGACUGCCGCCGAGAGCAGUCCUCGCGAGUUUUACACGACGACGAGCAAGCAUUCGCAUUCCAAAAAGAAGCUUUGCGUGAUCAACUCGGGACAGAUUCCAGCAGCGGGGGUGGGCGGAUCGCCAGCGGCGGCAGCGGCGGCAGGAGGAUCGAUGGAGGGAUCGUUUCCGGCCAGUUUUUCGGAUUCGAUCAAGCUCCUGCUCAUGCAGCAAAAGGAGGCGAUCAAUCUUCUCCGGGAGCUGAGUUAUAACAGGCCACCAUCUUCACAGCAAAGACAUGAUCCGGAGAGCUCGGAAUUUGGAGCUCGUAGAGAUCUUCUAGACUUAAAGUCGAGAAUCGAUGCGGCCGACAUGGAGCUAGUCUACUUGAAACAACUUUGUGAAUCCAAGGAGAAAGAGCUCAAGGACGCGAUGCAAGUUUACGAGGACAAGAACAAGUACCGCAACGAGCUUGUGAGAAAGCUUAUGGAGGGUGUUUACGAGAAAGAGAUAUCGAAGAUGCGGAGGAGACAACACGAUCUCCCAUAGACUCGGAGGGCGUACGUAGGGAGCGUACGGCUGGAAUGUGGAACGUCGCCGUCGAUUUCCCGUCCGCAGAUGGCGUGGAUCGUGCCACGCGGCUGCCUUUAAGUUUUUUCCCGCUCAAAAUUCUAAUUUGUUUAUUUCUCUCUCGCGUGAGCCAGCUCUAGGGUUCUUGGGCGCGCUCGCUGGGAUGGGAUGGCGAUUCUGCGCUGGAUUGGUGGAGUCGCGAGUGCUGGGAUUGAGAUCGCUUUGUGAGAUGGGAAUUCAUUCAUGAGUUUGCCUGAAAAGAAUCAAGCCGUGAGAAUUCCUGGCAUUCUUGUGUGUCAUCUAGAUCUGCGUGUUUGUACUUUGAGAUUUGGUAUACCUGACCACUAAAUGCC